AUGAUGAUCCUCAAGAAGUCUAGUUCUUUCCUCGCCGCUGCCAACAGCUUUCACUCCUUCACGAUACCAACAGCAACGACACAGCCAUCGACGUCAUCACGCCCAGGGCCACGACCGAGCACGCGACAGAAACAUGCACACCGGUCAGGAUAUGCAACGAUAGCGGGUGAUGCUAGGGACCCGGCAGACCAGCAGGAACGAUCAGAACCCGACCAUGUCUGGCCUACAGCACCGAAAGGUCUCUCACAACCAACGCCAUACCAAAUCUUCGAAUUGAAGCAGAGUGCUGCAUACUCCAAAGGCACAUUCAAUCGCCUGGUCAAGCUGUAUCACCCAGACCUAAACAGUCGCUGCAAUCAUGGUGUGGCAGACAACAUCAAGAUGGAGCGCUAUCGUCUCAUUGUAGCAGCGCAUACAAUCCUCUCAGAUCCUGCCAAGCGGAGUGCAUACGACCGCUUUGGUGCUGGUUGGGAAGGCAAGGCUGAAUUUGGGAGUAGCUCCUGGGGCCAGCCGUCCGCAUAUGGCGGAUCACAGCCUUUCACGCACAGCUACGAUCCAAACGACACAGUCUGGGCGAAUGCCACCUGGGAAGACUGGGAGAGAUGGCGGGAGAACAAAGAAGGCAUCAAGAGGGAAAGACCGGCACCGGUGUACAUGGCCAACUCAUACUUUCUGGCAUUGAUCGUGGCAUUGGCCGUCAUGGGUAGCUCGCUGAACUACGGCCGAGCUCAGGAAGCGGGACAUUACUUUGUGGAGCAAAGGGAUAUUGUACAUGAUCGGGCUGCGAAAGAGCUGAGAAAGGUCAGACAAGAGGCGAGCAUGAACAGCAGGCAAGAUCGGAUAGAUUACUUCCUGAGGAACAGAGAUGCAACUAUGGGCACAGGAGAUUACGAAGCCUUGAGAGAGGAGAAAGCCAGUCGGGUGCUUAAGGAUAAAGAGAUAUGCCGAAGCGACGGCAUCAGUGAGCAGAACGGCCAGGGUUGA